CCAGGUGACUUGCUAAUGCUGGCCAUGGCGAUCGGCUGACGAAGUACUACAUUGUACUGCACCGAGUCGUUCACCCAGUACUAUCCCCCCGCCUCGGACAAUGUCCCGAUGUGCUGUCAACAUGUCCGGAGAAGACUGGCGCAUGGCCUGAUGAUGCGAAGAUCAUGAAGACACCAGUCAGCACGGUACAAAAAGAAGCAAGCACAGUCCACUGCUGGCCGAACACGACGGUCUAACGUCAGAGUAGUUUUAGUGGACGACCACCGUUGAAGCGCAAGAAGACAACCUUCCCAAGGUCACACAGUACAGUAGAGUCUGCGAACACAGAACACCACAAAGCUGUGUCCUGCUGAGGACGCAAGUCUAGCGCAUCAGGUGAACUGCGCCACUGAAUCUGACCAUCGCCUUUUCAAGAAACGAAUGAUCUAAAGCGAGGAAAGAUGCCACUCCGUGUAGCGUUGAAGUGUCGCCUUGUGAAAGGCAAGGAAGACUUCAACCUUGACCAAUGGACAAGCGAUGCCGUGGAAACUGUCAUUGCUAUCCGCCGUCGGCAGUUGGAAGUUGACGACAUCCCGCAGUAUACGUUGCAUCAGCUUCUAAUGUCACUUCAGUCUCUGUUCAUGGAUGAUGUGAAGUCAUGCCUUGGUGCAAGUAAUGUGACACCGCGUGUCCGAGUUUGGAUCCAAGACCGAACUGUGUCUUCUGCAGGUGAUGCUGCCCAAGCUGCUGAAGUCACCUAUAGCUUGAUGGAGUGUGACCGAGACAUGCAGGUUGUACUCCAGUCUCUCAAGGAUGAAGAGCAGCUGAAUGUUGACUUGCAGCUGUUUUUCGCAAAUGACCCAUAUCCAGUUGGAACACAUGGUGUGCGACCAGCGGAUGACCCUACAGACGGUCCUUUCCCUAUCGAUCCCCAAGGACAGCAUGUCAGUGAACCGACUGGUGCUGGUUUGAUCGACACAGCAAUAACAUGUGAUGUGUUUGUUGCUGGAGGUGGCAGUGCCGGAGUUGGUGCAGCACUGGGAGCUGCUCGAAGUGGAGUCUCAGUUGUCUGUGUCCAUGGUCGCCCGGUACUGGGUGGAAAUGCAUCCAGUGAGGUGAAGCUGCACAUGGUCGGUGCUGAUCUUGGUGGUGGUCGUGGCAAAGAACUCGAAGUUGAGGCACGUGAAGGCGGUGUGCUGGAGGAGAUCCGUCUAGACAACUCAAUGUGCAACCCACAGUUUUGUGCGGAGAUGCUGGACCUGACCUUUCUGGACAAGUUCCGCUCACUGCCCAACAUGCAGCUGUUCCUGAACACAUGGUUUGUGUCAUGCACUAAGGAUGCAGACGGCAAGAUCACCGGUGCUAUUGCCGAAUGUCAGCUGACUCAGCGUCGGUACAUCAUUACAGCAAAGGUGUACAUAGACACGACUGGUGAUGGUCGACUGGGAGCUGAGGCAAAGUGUCAAUGGCGACAAGGUCGUGAAGCACAGUCCGAGUACAAGGAAUCACUGGCUAUGCUGACAGCGGACACUGCUACAGAGGGAUCAUCACUUGCUUUCCAUGCUAAGGACAUGGGCAAACCAAUGCCAUUCAAGCUGCCACCGACGUUCAACAGGAGGUUCACUUCAAGUGAUUGUGUCCAUCGACGACCCUCUCGCCUGGACUACGGUUUCUGGUGGGUGGAAAUGUCUUGGCCCUGGGACACUGUGAGUGACGGCGGUGCCAUUGCUGAAAACCUGCUGGAGGCAAUGCUUGGCAUCUGGGAUUACAUGAAGAACAGUGGUGAGAUGCCGCAGGAAACAACCAACUGGGCUCUCGACUGGUUUGGCUAUUUACCAUGCAAACGUGAAGCCCGUCGCAUCAAAGGCCUGUAUGUGCAAACACAGAAUGAUAUAGUUCCAACACCAACGUCGUUCUCAGACGCCGUGUGCCACAGUGGUUGGGGUAUUGACUUGCAUGAUCCCCAAGGUAUCAAUGAUCCAGCCAGACCGCCCUAUUCAAACACCUAUGUCCCGUACAUCUAUGGCACACCGUUGAGAUGCUUUGUGUCAGCUGAUGUCAGCAACAUGAUGAUGGCUGGUAGACUAGCUAGCUUCACACAUGUAGCGUUUGGAUCACAGCGCGUCAUGGCAACCUGCUGUGUGCAUGGUCAAGGUGCUGGUACUGCCGCCGCAUAUGCUGCUCUGCACAUGAUGACACCGCAUGAUGUUUGCAGCAAUCCCGAUGCCAUCUGGAGUAUCCAACAGCAAUUGCUGAGAGACGACCAGUUUGUUCCUGGUCAAGUGAACCAAGAUCCGCGAGACAAAGCCUUGACUGCUACAGUCUCUGCUAGCUCGGAGCAGGAUACGGGAGCUGCAAAGGAAGUCAUCUCCGGUCAAACGCGUGCUGUGUUUGGCAAGGGUGGUUGUAUGACAUCACAGUGCUUGCCUGGUACUAACCGAUGGAUUAGCAACGGCUUGCCAGCUACACUCACGCUGACAUUCAAGGAGCCGAUAGCGUCUGUGGGACAGGUGGAGCUUGUGUUUGAUACUGGCUUGCAUAGGUUCUUCACGUUCAGCAUUAGUGCCGAGGAUCAAUCCAAGAUGAUCUGGGGUGAGCCAAUGCCAGAGACAGUGAAAGACUAUACUAUCGAAGCAUUGGCGGAGGAGACCAACUCAUGGCAGACAGUGAUGACAGUGACUGAUAACUACCAACGCAAGAGAGUUCACAUGAUUGGCUACCCAGCCAAGUGUACUGGUGUCCGCAUCACCGUCACGGCUACAAACGGCAUUCCGAACGCAAGAAUUUGUGAAGUGAGAGUGUAUGAGAUUGGAAACGGAGGGAAAUUCCCUGUCAAGCCGAAAGGACUGAAGCCACAUCCCUUGUUGGCAAACUACGACGAUGCACAGCGAAGUGAUGACCGUUUGCAGCUGGCCACCAGUCCGGAGCCAAGCUGGUGGAAGACGAGCGAGAUUGUCGCCUAGAAGGAAACAUCCAGGAGCGGCAAGUCAUUGCAUGAUUGCCGUCAUCAAGGAGCAGCAAGUCAUGGAUGAUGUUGGACAGGUGCAGAUUCACGAUCGAUAACUAACGAAUGUAAGAACAUGCACGAGAAGAGGCACUGCUGGCUCGGCAAAUGAAUGGUCGUGCUGCUAUAAUUAUUUUUUAAACGCAGAAUUGCCAUCCCAUAUUGAGCACCAGUAUCAACAACACGCGUUCAUUGCACACGUUCUCUUUUCUAUUAUCUCCUUUUAGAAACGCCAAAUACUUUUUUUUAAAUAUAUUCUAGCAACCGAGGCUGUAUUGCUGCACGUGUGCAAGUGUUGCUUUAUGUUCUGGCCUCGUCCAUGUUAUAGAGAAAGACCAUGCAAAGAGUAUAGAAGCUGCUGCAUGCCGAUUACGCACACCUGCCCCGGAAUGCAAGGCAUAUUAUGCAUGUAAAUGAUCUCGUUCUUUUGUCAGUACACUCGGACGUCUCUUAUCUGGGCACCUUGGGACUGCUCGGAGCACUUGCCGUAACUAGGAAUUGCCUGUAACCAUGGUUACUCAGAACUUGCAUACUUGCUGAAUCAACAUAAACAUUUGUAUUGCCAAUCAGUAGUUUUUGGGGCCGUUUUUUCGUUGAACUGCCAAUUCUAGAAUAUUCUUGUGUCUCUAGAUGUGUCAGAAAGGUGCCCGGUGGACGGAGGAGCCCGGAUUAGGGACGUCCGGUCGGAUCUGGGCAGUUUUGUACACUCAAACAUCUCUUAUCCGGCUGCCGACCUGAGAUACAAGCAUCUCUUGAUUUGCUAUGGCAAAAGUGCUUCAAUGGUUUCUAGUGCAAUGGCUCUGUUUGAUCCGUGUGCACAUUCAGGC